AUGACGCUUAGUGGACAAAAGAGAACAGGGGCUCUCCUGGAGCAGGAGAGCAGCCCCAGCUUCUGCCCAGCCCACCGGCCUGACCUAUUGCUGCUACUGCUGCUGCUGGGAAUCCUGGUGCAUGCUGGGAAUCCAAGUGCAUGCUGGGACUCCGACAUUGAUGAGUGCCUCUCAAGCCCUUGUCUGAAUGGAGCCACCUGCGUGGACGCCAUCGACUCUUUCACAUGCUUAUGCCUUCCCAGCUACCGAGGGGACCGGUGUGAGAUUGACCAAGAGCUGUGUGAGGAGGGCUGGACCAAGUUCCAGGGCCACUGUUACCGCUACUUCCCCGACCGCGAGAGCUGGGUGGAUGCGGAGAGCCGGUGUCGGGCACAGCAGUCACACCUGAGCAGCAUUGUCACCCCAGAGGAGCAGGAGUUUGUCAACAACAACGCCCAAGACUACCAGUGGAUCGGCCUGAACGACAGGACCAUCGAAGGGGACUUCCGCUGGUCAGACGGACACUCCUUGCAAUUUGAGAACUGGCGCCCCAACCAGCCGGACAACUUCUUCGUCAGCGGAGAAGACUGCGUGGUGAUGAUCUGGCACGAGAAGGGAGAGUGGAAUGACGUUCCCUGCAAUUACUACCUGCCCUUCACGUGUAAAAAGGGGACAGUGGCCUGUGGAGACCCGCCGGUGGUGGAGCACGCUAGGACCUUCGGGCAGAAGAAGGACCGAUACGAGAUCAACUCCCUGGUUCGGUACCAGUGCACUGAGGGCUUUGUCCAGCGCCAUGUGCCCACCAUCCGGUGCCAGCCCAGCGGGCACUGGGAGGAGCCUCGGAUCACCUGCACAGACCCCUCCACGUACAAGCGCAGACUACAGAAGCGGAGCUCACGGCCCGCCCGGAGGAGCCGCCCCAGCACUGCCCACUGAAAGCAUCCCGGACGCGCCCAGGAUGCUGAGCCCAGGAGCCUCGCCAGGCUGACAUCCCACACGGAUGGGGUCCUCUUCUUGUCGCUUUCUGUCAUAUAAGGAAUUCCAUUAAAGAAGGAAAAAAACAAAUCCCACAUUGUGUAUGCACCCACCCAGCCCCCCACCCCCUCCCAAAUCGCCAGAACUGCAUCUGAUUUCCCCCCCAGUGCCAAAGCCAAGCAAACGUAUUGUAACCCGUGGACUGAGUUUAGAGACAUUUCUUCAAUCUCCCGUUGUGCCUUUCCAGGGACCAGCGCAGGGACAGGGGGAGAAGGGGAGGGGUUAAGUUAAAUAAAGAAGAUUAUUUUUUGUUUCCUGACUUUAUCCAAGA